AUGAUCAAAACAACCGAGGACUUUGAGAGGCAAGGCUGCGACAAUUGCAAGCACUAUCUCCAUUUUCAGGGGAACAGGGACUUGAUGAUCGAGUGCACAUCUUCGAGUUUCACGGGGAUGAUAGGGAUGAUGACUCCUGAUCAGAGUUGGGUUGCGAAGUGGCAGCGAAUCGACAAGUUUACCCCUGGAAUGUACGCGAUUUCCGUCAACGGCCGCCUACCGCAGAGUAUCCUGAACGAGCUAAAAGGCAAAUGCAUAUAUCUGCGCGACCGAGACACUUCUCUUCGCAUGAAAGACUAG